CUCCCAUAAGUGGGACAUACGCUCUAACAUCCCCGUACUUCGUUGUAAACUCGCGAUCAGUUCGGAUCGUUUUGCUCACCUUAAGUGAUUUCAAAUAUUUCAAGUACAUUAAAUACAUACAUUUAUUAAUUAUUGAAAUAAAGGACUAGGAAUUUAUACAUAUAUAUAUAAUUUUUUUUUUAAUUUUAUACUAAGAAUAGGAAUUCAAAUCAUAAAUAAUGGCGCCGAAUCUUUUUGGCAAUUCGGCGACCCUAUUUUUGGAAGCAUCACAAAAUGUUGCUCAAGAUAAUAACAAACCUAAUGUAGAUAUAAAAACUAAUAAGCCAGUAAAUGUAACCACCGAACAGUCAAUUACAAAUAACACAAAUACUAAUAAUAAUAAAAAAUAUAAGUGGAGUAUUGUGUGGAGAAAUGUUAUUGCAUUUAUUUAUUUACACGUUGGAUCUGUUUAUGGUUUAUAUUUAUUAUUCACUGGAGCUAAACUUUUAACAUUUAUGUGGAUAUUUGUACUUGGAUUUUUGGCUGGAGUUGGAAUAACAGCAGGUGCCCACAGACUAUGGGCGCACAAAUCGUAUAAAGCCAAAUGGCCAAUGAGGUUUCUUCUUAUGAUUCUUCAGACCGUCGCAUUCCAAAAUCAUAUUUAUGAAUGGGUAAGAGAUCAUCGUGUCCAUCAUAAAUUUACAGACACAGACGCGGACCCUCAUAAUGCAAAACGCGGCUUCUUCUUUUCUCACAUGGGCUGGCUUUUGAUUCGUAAACAUCCAGAUGUUAUCAAUAAAGGAAAAACUGUUGAUAUGAGUGAUUUGGAACAGGAUUUCGUUGUUGUUUGGCAACGAAGACUUUACAUUCUUUUGAUGCCGAUCUUUUGUUUUUUGAUACCAACAUGGAUACCAAUACAUUUUUGGGAUGAGAAACCUUUGUAUGCAUGGUAUGCAACAAUAUUUAGAUAUACAUUAUCACUUAAUCUUACGUGGUUAGUUAAUUCAGCUGCUCAUAUUUGGGGAAUGAAACCUUAUGACAGCUCGAUAAGCCCAACAGAUAAUUUAAAAAUAGCAAUGGGUGCCUUCGGUGAAGGAUGGCACAAUUACCAUCACGUUUUCCCAUGGGACUACAAAGCGGCUGAACUCGGAAAUUACAGUGGGAACUUCACGACCGCAUUUAUAGAUUUUUUCGCUUUCAUCGGUCAAGCUUAUGACCUUAAAACCGUCCCGGUUGCUAUGAUUGAAAAACGUGCUGCUCGUACUGGUGAUGGCUCCAGAGUCGCUAAAAAUCACGACGAACAUUCACACGAGGGUGCAAUUUGGGGAUGGGGUGACACUGAUAUGUCCGCUGAUGAAAUAAAUCUAGUUCAGAUUAGUAAGAAAAGUGAUUAAAAUAAAAAUUAUCACUAUUAAUUGAUUAAUUAAUGAAUUAUUAUGCAAUAAAAAGUUUAAAUACUUUUCGGCUCAAAUAUUAUUAAAGUCAGGAUUAAAUUUUUAUAAUCAAGUCAUGAAUAUUAAAUAAUAGAUUGAAAAUUAAUAUAAGUAACAAAAGUACUUAUUACUUAUUGCAUAUUAAAAGUCUGCGAUAUAUAUAUUACUUAAAUCAAUUUCAAUACGCACAAUUUUUAUAUACUAUUGCCUAAGUAUAAAAUUUACUUAACAGAAAUAUUAUUAUGUCUUCCGGUAUAUUAUAUUUAUGUUAUUGAUAUAAAUAUUUAAAUUAUGUAUAGUUAAGGGAGUUA